UUCCACACUGGAAUGCUCGUUAUCGCGGCUCCUCUCCAACAAAUCCUGGACACUGUGAGCGCAUUACUGCACGAGGCCCGGCAGCUCGUGGAUCAGACUCUUUACAUUCGUCUUGAGCCCGGAUACCAGUGGCCUUGCAGGAAAACAAUUUUCACAUCGGAGGAGGUGUCCCUGCUUCGCGCGAUCGUCUUGGAUAUUUACAGAGAGGCGGCGAGAGAAUGCAGCCAUCUAGACGUUCGAGUUCUCCAAGGUUUCCUCAAGAACUCGGAUUCGCGAACUAGCUCUCUUGACAAGAAGGUCGAUGUCAUCAUCGCGCAAAACGACUUCGUACACCUCGAGGAAUACGUGAGGGAACUUUUCGCUGUCAUCCCAAGCGUGAGAUUGGUCCCUCCUGUCAUAGCUGCUUCGGGAACAGAAGAUGCUGCGAAGGUUGUCGAUUCGAUUACUUUCGACAGUGUGUGUGUCGGGGGAACGUUUGACAGACUUCACCUCGGCCAUAAACUUCUCCUCAGUGCCGCGGUCGCAAGAGCCACCGAGAGAUUGGUGAUCGGAGUCACCGAUGGAGACAUGAUCAAAAGUAAAGUUCUGUGGGAGCUCAUAGAACCCCUCGAGGUCAGGAUGAGCGCUCUUCGCAAAUGUCUCAAUGACAUGGACCCAACGUUGAAAUACGAUAUUUUGCCAAUCUAUGAGCCUUUCGGUCCAACAAUUCGGGAUCGCAGCUUACAAUGCUUGUGCGUGUCAGACGAAACCAUCAAAGGAGGACUCAAGGUGAACGAAGAGCGCGCGAACAAGGAUUUCCCUCCUAUGGCUCUCUUCAACGUCUCAUUGCUACCAGAGCAGAACAAGAUGGAGAAAUUCAUGGAUGACAAGAUCUCCUCGUCUUCGAAACGAAUCGCUCUGCUAGGCGAAAUCCUCCGCAAACCUCGGGCCCAUCCGAGCUUCCCCGAAUAUCCUUUCGUCGUUGGACUCACUGGCGGAAUCUGUGCGGGGAAGUCGCGUAUACUCACGAUAUUCGAAUCUCUGGGACUGACGUGCAUUUCCGCCGAUAAGUUGGGUCACGAGGCCUAUAGUCCGGGUACAGAGCUGAAUCAAAUCCUCGUCGAUACUUUCGGUACUGCUGUUCGCGCAGCAGAUGGAACGAUAGACCGAAAGGAGCUCGGUGCCAUCGUUUUCGCGGACGCCGACAAGAGAGAUCGGUUGAACCAGCUCGUGUGGCCUGAGAUCGAGAAAUCACUCCAGCGAGAGAUUGCAGGAGCUGGUAGAGCCGGGGCCAGAGUUGUGGUUGUCGAAGCUGCCUUACUGUUCGAGGCAGGCUGGGACCGUUUGGCCCAUCUGGUGUGCUACACACUGAUCUCAGAGAAAGAAGCCAUCUCACGAGUGAUGGUCAGAGAUAAAUGUGGAUAUGAGCUCGCCCUGAAGAAAAUUCAUUCCCAGAAGCCCGCCAAGAUGUUCAUAGAUAGGGCCCACAUGAUCCUGUCAUCCAUGUGGGACGAACGAGCUACGGAGCAACAAGUGCAUCGUGCCUUCGAGGAAAUCGUGGAUCACGUCCAAGGAAUAAAAACGCAUUCCGGAUGAGCAUUUCCUCAAAUGCGCUCAAGUUCGACUGGAAGGCUUUGGCUUCAUACGGGAACGGGAUUUACAUGACGAACGAGCAACGCGAGUCUCGCUCCGGGUUAAUUACUCUCCUUAAGAGAUAGUGACUUCAUCGCUCGAAUUCACGAUGAUGAGCUAC